AUGCCAUUUGGACAAAUUGUUAUUGGGCCUCCUGGUUCUGGAAAAUCGACGUAUUGCAACGGAUGCACUCAAUUUUUCAAUGCGAUAGGUAGACACGUUCAGGUUGUGAAUAUGGAUCCAGCGAACGACCGGCUGCCGUAUCCGUGUUCGGUAGAUAUUCGUGACUAUAUAACCUUGGAGGAGAUUAUGUCUGAGCAACAUUUGGGGCCCAACGGCGGCUUGAUGUAUGCGAUAGAGUCGUUGAAUGAGUCUAUUGAUUUGUUUGUGCUUCAGAUCAAAUCGCUAGUGCAAGAGGAAAAGGCUUACUUGGUCUUCGAUUGUCCGGGCCAGGUCGAGCUUUUCACACACCACUCGGCGCUUUUCCACAUUUUCAAGCGUCUGGAGAAGGAGUUGGACCUCCGUUUGUGCGUUGUCAACUUGGUGGACUGUUUCUACAUCACUUCUCCGUCACAAUACGUAUCGAUCCUCUUGCUCGCGCUCAGAUCAAUGUUGAUGAUGGACCUCCCACACAUCAACGUGUUCUCCAAGAUCGACAUGCUCAAGGGCUACGGCGAGCUCCCCUUCAGAUUGGACUAUUACACAGAGGUGCAGGAACUAGAGUACCUGCAGCCGUUUGUCGAGAAAGAGGGCUCCGGAUUUUUGGGCAAACGCUACUCCCGUCUCACAGAAACAAUCAGCGAGAUGGUCUCGGACUUCAACUUGGUUUCCUUCGAAGUCUUGGCUGUCGACGACAAGCAGUCCAUGAUUAACUUGCAAAGUGUCAUCGACAAGGCCAACGGCUACAUAUUCGGUGCCAGCGAAGUGGGCGGCGAUACCGUGUGGGCCGAGGCCAGCAGACAAGGCGCUGCCCUCGUCAACUACGACGUCCACGACAGGUGGAUCGAGAACAAGGAUCUCUACGAUAAGCUUGAACAAGAAGCACGUGACCAGCUGCUCAAAGAACAGCAGAUGCAAAAUAAGGAAGUCGACGUUGACGAAAAUGACGAAUGGGAAUCUGCUCUAAGAGAAUGGGAGGAGAAGCAAGGUACUAACUAUGUCAGGUAG